GUUUUUGUCAUUCUCUGAGCCUGGUCUUCGUCUCUUUUGAGGGACCGACCUCUGUUCAAUCAAGCUACAGGUCUUCGUCUUUUUGAAGGACCGAUCUCUUCAUCACUCAUCACUCGUCCAGCUUUAGUCGAAGACCCUGACCGACGCUGCUUCCUAUACCCUGACUCGUCCAGAUCGAUUUCGGACCCAGCUGCCCAGACCGACUUCUCGUCCGAAGACGCUGUCGGCUGCAGAUCUCCAGUUUCCGGCAGCCAGCGCACCUCUCUAGUUUCCGGCGCUGCUCCCAUCUGUUUGGCCCGGACGUUUGCCGCUCCGUCCACACCAGUUUGCGGUGUCACCCACAUCGGUCUCGACCCGCCUCCAUCUGUCUCGACCCAAACCUGUCUCUCGUCUCGACCCGCUUCAGUGAGUCCACCCGCCUCCGAGUCAACUCGCCUACAUCAGUCGGUCCACACAUCCAGUUUAGUCAACCAGGUUAAAAAAAAAAAAAAAAAAUGUUACUAUUUGUUUAUUUCCGCUGCGUACUUUGGGAUUCAUAUAUUUUCUAUUGUAUUAUUGCAAUGGGUGGUGAUGACAGUGAGAGUCAGGGUUCUAAGGCAAAUGAGAUACAGAAGGUUGAGGUCUCUGUCAAAAGCUCAGAAGGUGGUUCUUUCGGAGGUACCAAACUCACUGGUACCAAUUUUCGAACAUGGAAGAAGAUUAUGUCAGUUUAUCUCCGUGGAAUACACAAAAUGGGGUAUGUGACUGGAACAAUCAAGGCUCCCAGUGAAGAUGAUGUGGAUGCCUAUGCUAAAUGGGCAGAUGAUGAUGGGCUGGUAAUGUCAAUUCUAUUUCGAGCCAUGACUGAUGAUGUGCUACAGAUGGUGGAGGAAUGUGAAACUGCUGAGGCGAUAUGGAAGACAUUGGGGGAUUUGUAUACCAACGAGUCUGAUUUUAUACAGGUUCAUGAAUUGAUGUGUAAAUCUGCUAGUAUGCAACAGAAUGGGCAACCAAUAGCUGUGUAUUUCACCAAGCUGAAGAAUGUAUGGGCUGAAAUUGAUCAGAAGCGUCCUUGCAAGAUCAAGAAUCAGGUUGAUCUGGUGUGGUACCAGAAGGAGAAGGAGCUAGAAAGGGUUCAUGUAUUUCUGAGAGGGCUUGAUGAGAAGCAUAGCAGUGCCAAGGGAGAAUUGCUCAGAAUGACAGACCCUCCUAGUUUGACCACAGCCUUUACAUAUAUCCGCAAGGAUGAGUCUCAACAGGAAAGUGUCAAACAUGCACAGGUUGAAGUAUCUAGCCUUGCCAUUCAGGCCAAGUCACCGGCACCUUUCCUCCAGCAGCAGAAUUCAGCCCCACUUCAUCAGCAAGGUUUCCCACAAGGCUUCACCAAUCGCCCUCGUCCUCAGUGUUCUUAUUGUAAUGACCUUGGGCAUGUUCGGGAGACUUGUUGGAAGUUGAACCCACAUCUUAAACCUAAAAAGCAAGGUUAUCGUCCUAAGGCGAAAGCAGCAGCUGUUCAAUUGGUCCAAGAACCGGAUUUCUAUGGAGUAGUUGGCCAAGAUCAUCAUACAGCAGGAUCUUCUCACCAGGGAGAUAAUUGGUCGGGGGUAUCGGAGGGGCAGGUUGUUCCAUCUGGAUCAGACAUACGCAGGAGAGAAACCAGGAGCACAGUCCCGCGCCGCUUUGACUUCGAGUUCUGAUAAGCU